UGAAUGGACGGCGGGGAGACAGACGUACGCAUGGGCUCACUUAUUAUUCCCGUAUUUCACUAUUACUUGAAGCAUCAAAGACAAGAUACUGGGCGACGUUUGAAUCAUACGAUUUCCAUCUCACUUUAACCUCUGACAUUCUAAUAAAAAGUCUAGCAAUACACAGACUUCUACCUACCUACAUUGUUUCUACUUGCAACAAUAACAAGAAGAAGAACCGUCGCACGUAUUUCUCGCGUCACAUAGGGUGUCCAAUUCUAUGUACGAUAUAUUAAGAGAUAUUUCUUCAUACUCUUGUAGCCCGCCCAAGGAACUGCUUCUUUGAAAGAAAUCGAAACGGAAUACUUGCAUUACCUUUGAUUGUAUAAUAGCCUCCUCCUCCUCC